CCCAAGCCAACACGUCGUUGGUUUUUCGUGCUUCAGCCACACAAAACCCCAGAAACCAACAACCAACACGCUUGAGAACGCAAAAACCAAUUCAAACCUAUUAUCAAUCAAAGCAACCAUGGGCGAACCAGAACCAGCCGCAAAGAAAGAGUACACACUCGACGAAAUUUCCAAGCACACAACCUCCAAGAGCUGCUGGUUGAUUAUUGGGAAUGCUACCAAUGGAGGACCCAAGGUGUACGAUGUAACAGGGUAUUUGGAUGACCAUCCAGGUGGCGCCGAAGUGAUGCUGGACGUUGCCGGCCAAGAUGCUGAUGAAUUCUUUGAAGAUAUUGGCCAUUCCAAGGAAGCACGAGAAGAAUUGGCGAAGCACUACAUUGGAGAUUUCUAUUUGGAUGAAGCCGCCAAGAAAGCGCUGGCAGAACAGGCAGAAAAACAGAAAAGUGCCGUCCAGAAAUCUCCUGCUACAACUCUCCUGGUUGUGUUGGUGGCGGUGAUGGCCAUUCUGUACGGUGUUUAUCAGGCACAAAACUCGUAGAUUUGAUGCUGCAAGACAUCGACCCGUGUACAGAGAGAGAUAUUUGCCGACAAAACUAAAAAAUGACGUGACAGUGAGAAUCAACACGCUACAACCACCAAUGGCUUUCUUAUGAUGAUGGUUUUAAAUGAUAUUGGUCAACGAGAAGGUUGGAAGCUAUGCCAAGAAACAGUAUAAUGGAUUUUUUUGAAAAAGUAAAUCAUUACAAGGGGUGAUGAUAUUGCAGAAUACCUCCUCUCAGGUCCUUUGUUGGAAAUCAUGUCGUGCUUGGGGAAUGUGGAUUUGGAACCGAAUUUCUUUCUGCGCUUCUUUCCUCAACGACUUUGAUUGAGCUGGGCUCUCUGCUCGUAUACAAUUGUUGUCCGAUCCCUUGUUUCUGCUUGAUUGGGCUGUUAGGAGUUCGUACUUGGCCAAACCACACCGGGUCCACUUCGGUCGUCUGGGGUCGUCCAUUUUUCUUCCCUUUCGCUCAUGUAGCUGGGUGGUGGUUGUUCUAGGGAUUGGUCACACCAAACAUCAAGCCACCUCUUCAUGUACCCAUGCACCAUCAUUGUGUUGUGUCUUGCUGAAGUCAUGUAAAAUGUUCUGUGUUGAUCUAUGCCUGCCACAGAUCACCAUGAGACGUUGUCCAGAGAAAUCGUUUUGCCUGGCUUUUCCAGCAAACUGGAUGGAGGCUGAACCUAGCUGGGCAGGCCACAGCAUGACCUGGAACAGCUGGCAACUCCUUGAUCAAUAAACGCAUCACCAUCCUGAACCGUUCAACCCGCCCUGACGGUGAAGAUAUCACCCCCAGUUGCCCUGGAGUCCUGGAGGUGGCAAAACCCUCCUGUCGUGUCUUUUCCGCUACGGUACUGGCUAGUUAGACGCCAUCUUAUCAUGCCUUGGUCUGCCAGCUUGAUUCCCUCACCAUCUCAUCCAUCCAUUGAGGCCAGUUCCUCCCACCAGUGUAGCCCGUUCAAUGGGCAGCCAGAUUGACC